AUGAUCAGCUAUACAGACAGGGGUGAGGGAGCGGAAGAAAGGGAUGGGACUAAACCUUCUGCCACAGAGCAGAAUCUCUACAGCAGCCUGUUAUCCAACUACACCACAGAAAUUCUGCCCAGAUGCAAUCAUACCACCAAUAUCACCGUCAGCCUAGAUGUUGCCCUUCGAGAAAUUAUUGCCCUGAAUGAAAGAGAACAAACGUUGAAGUUAAAGAUGUGGAUACGUCAGAGCUGGAAAGACUGCUAUCUGGCCUGGACGUCUGCCACGUACGGGGGACUCGCUUCCUUUUCGGUGUCCAUGAGCAAACUUUGGACACCGGAUAUCACUCUUUUUGAGAGUGCGCAUGAGGGUGAGAAUUUGCCAGGUCGUGGAUUUUACCGGAUCACGGUGUAUUCCGACGGAUCAGCCUACUUCAACUUUCCGACAGUUGUGGAGAUGUCGUGUUCAGUUGAUGUCACAUAUUUCCCGUACGACACACAAAAAUGCACCAUAACACUAGGGUCCUGGACUUAUAAUGGGCAAGAGGUUGAUCUAGUGGCCAGAAGAUCUACCGGAGAUUUGUCUUCUUUUGUUAAGAGCAAUGAGUGGGAGGUUGUCAGCUUCCGGAGCGAACGUCACGUGGUAUACUAUGGAUGCUGCCCAGAACCUUUCCCGGAUGUGACGUUUUACCUUCACAUGAAGAGAAAGCCCAGGUUCUAUGUGCUGACAAUCAUAUUCCCAUGUACUCUUGUGGUUGCUUUAGCCGCCCUUGGAUUUAUAAUUCCAGCUGACUCUGGAGAAAAAGUUUCACUUGAAGUGACUGUUUUACUGUCACUAUCUGUGUUUCUUCUGCUUGUUUCUGAUAAGUUACCAGCAUCCGCAGAAACUUUUCCAAUCAUUGGGAUAUACUUUUCUGUGUGUAUGGUUAUCGUCUGUCUCUCAUGUACAUUUGCCGUCUGUGUCUUGUAUUUACAUUUCCGUGGAGAAUCGACAUGCCCAUUGCCUUCAUCAGUCAAGAAUAUUUUUCUUAGAAAAUUACGAUUUGUGCUGUGUGACACGACCAAAGUCGCUUCGGAGAAGCCAGAAACUGUAAUAAGCAAGGGUGUAAACAAAUGUGAUGUUGAGGUAGAAAGUGUGCAUUCUUUUUCAAUAGAAAGUAGUUGUCAAGAGACAAAAACUAAUAAAAGUACCAACUCAGAACAGAUACUAGAGGAAUGGCGAAAUUUAGCGCGCGUUUUGGAUCGUCUGUUUUUUAUCUUUUACCUGGUUAUUUCUCUCAUAGUAACAAUAGUUUUCUUUGGUAUUUUGGUAAAUCAGUAGUAACGAUCACAUGACGUUUUGAAUGCAUAUUCCCAUGUUACCCAUAACCUUAAGAUUAGAAUUUUGCUACAUUAAAAGUUUUAAAACACUAUUCUGGUGUAAGCUAUUGCAUUCAUGCAAAGUUAUGUCAAGGCCCACAAACAGUUACUGAUGGUAAUGUGUCCAACUGAAAGGGGGAAGAAUUAGUUAUUCUCUGCCAUAAAACUCCAUUCUCGUGUUGUUAUCACCUGCACAGAUCAGUGCAUGCGACAUAGAGAUAUUGAAGCAUGGGUUUUCUUUUAAGUCGGUUCAGUAACCAUCCUUGUUUCACCCCGAGUGUAUGCAUUGUUUU